AUGAUAGUGAAGGUAUUAUAAUCCUCUCACUAAACAGGGUUCAUACAGGUCAUGGAAGACCUGGAAAGUCAUACAAUUUAAAAUUAAUAAAUUAUUGUUGGUUCUGGAAAGUCAUGGGAAGUUAAAGUUAAUUUUGUUAGAUUAGCUACUACAGAAUGUUAAAAGCAACCAGAUUGUAAGACUUCUGCCAGAGUUAAGAUCAAUAAGUUAAGCUUAGCCCAGGUUAAGAGACUUCUUAGGGAUUACUAUACCGCCGCCCUAUGGACUUGCUAUAAUGUAGAGGACCCAGAACAUGGAAAACAAUUUGCCUAAAAUGUAACUACGCUCACACUCUAACUAGCCGCGUCACCUGCUGCUUUUAGCCUUUCCAUCUAGCUUUUCUUUUUGCAAUCCUAACGUUGCUUUUAUUUUUGAUUUUUUGUAUAUGAGUGUUAUUUUUUUAUUAUAAUUUUUUUCUUGGCAAAGCUUAAUAAAUACAUAAAUAAAUGAAACGAGUUGCAGAACUGAGUUAGGUCAAAAAUAAAUUCCUAAAUCAAGGGAAGUCUUAAAAAAUACUUAAAGCAAAAGCUAAGCCUAAGGUCAUGGAAAUCUUUAAAUAGGUCGUGGAAAAAGUCCUGGAAAGUCGUGGAAUGUGAAGAGCUCAACAGGGUACGAACCGUGUAAUAAAGUAUUUUGUAUUCAUUGCAAAGUCAGAGUAUAGUAUGGGGGCAUAUUUAUGUCACUUGUUACAACUUAUGUUUCAUAUGUCUUUGCUUUUUAUUCCAGACAGUAAAAUCUCUAAGUUCAAAUAUUGAAGCACUGAAGAAGGAAGUUGAGUUAGCAGCUAUGGCAGCAAAAUCCAAAGAAAGUCCCUCACAGGCCCGACAGAUUGUAAGUACAAACUGUGUAACGAUAAAUUAACAGUUAAUGAAUGAGGCUGAGUAUCUUAUAAGUAAGUAAGUAAGUAAGUAAUUUUAUUUAACCACAUAUUGCAUAUGAGCGAUAGCUCGUUUAAAUGCAAAUGUGCCAUAAAAAUUACAACGUGAUAAUUUACAUAAUCUACAUGUACAAGUAAUGAAUAAAAAUAAAAAAUAGAAAAAUUAAACCAACUAAAAGAUAAUAAUAAUUUAAAAAGAAAAAAUAUUGGUAAUCAGAUUGUCUAUUUACAAAAUUCACAGUUGCAGUCAUACGAUGAAGACAACUGUAUGUUUUGUAAGUUUUUCCUAAAGAUAGAGAGGGACUCCGACAUCCUUAUUUUGUCUGGUAGACUGUUCCAUUGUUUGCCAGCCUGGUACGUGAAAGAAUGUUGCAUAUAAGAUGAGGUCGGUCUUGGAAGAACAACCUUAAGAUGGCCCGUAGGCUGUAACCAUUGCUUCGCAGUAAAAACAUUUCCGAAUGUAGUUCGGUGCCUGGUUAUAAAUGCUAUUGUAUACAAGUAUCAGUGCUUGUUCUAUCGUCGAUGUUCCAAGUUUUUGAUAUGUACACUUUUAAGUAGCUCUUCAUAAGCAGUCGACUUGGAGUAGUUAAGAAGAGUCCUAAUAGCAAAUGCAUUGGUUGACUCUAGUUUUGCAGACAAACCUUUACUUAGACCUAUGAACAAUGGUGAUGCAUAUUCAAAGUGAGGCAGAAUAAAUGCUUUGUACAGUUUAAUCAUAAUAUCUGAGGGUAUAAGUUUAUUUAAUGCGACGAAGAAUUGAAACUUUUGUGUUCACUUUCCGCAAAUUUCUUUAAUAUGUGCUUUAAAAGAGAGUGAAUUGUCGAUAAUUACACCAAGGAGUUUGAUCUGUGGAACGUAAUCCAGUUCAUUGCUGUCAAUAACAAAGGGCGUUGGUAGAGUUGCUCUAUUGAAGACGAUGGAUUGAGAUUUACUAUGGUUGAUCGCUAGGAAGUUCUUACAAAACCAGGAAACGAGUAGACCAAGGUUGUUUUGUAGAUUUAUUUGCAAGGUGGAUGGACAAGGGCUUGAAGAAUACCCGUAGUGUCAUCGGCAUAGAAUCUUAAGGAGCACGAAAUAUCUGAAAAAUUCGCAUCAUUCAUGUAUAUAUUGAAGAGAAGGGGGCCCAAGAUUGAACCUUGAGGAACUCCACACUUCAUAAUUUGCCAAUCUGACAGGUUACCGUCUAUCUUGACAUGUUGCUUUCGGUCAGUCAAGUAAGAACGUAGAAGUUGUAGGGCGUCUUCAGUUACACCGUACCCUGACAGCUUUGCAAGAAGCAAAUUAUGGUUAAUAGAGUCAAAUGCUUUGGAGAGGUCUAUGGUAAUUGCUGCAGAGUGCUCGCUAGAGUCUAAAUUUGCUCUAAUGUCUUCGCAUGUUUUGAGGAGGGCUGUUGUACAUGAAUGUCCUUUCAGAAAACCAGAUAAAUUUCCACUGAGGAAGUGAAGGGAAAACUCGUAUAGCUGAUCAAAGAUAACUCUUUCGGCUAUUUUUGAAACAGCCGAUAACACAGAUACAGGACGGUAAUUAGACUUCAUAGUCUCUCUUAUGAAGAAUAAAUGGAGAUCGAGGAGGGUGUUGUCCGUCGAGGCCGUAGGCCAAGGCGGAUAACACCCUCCGAGAUCUCCAUAAUUCUUCAUAUGAUACGAAAGCCGAAUUCAAUAACUGUUUUAUUAUUCAUUCAAAAUAAUUCCUAGUUUAAAAACAUAGCUAAAACAUGCUUACCUCCAUCGAUCCAUCGAUGUUCAGUUCAUCUUCGAUAGUGUACGUUUAGGUUUGUCCAGCUCUGCAAAUAUUCUCCAAAUAGCAGAUGUCGCCCUUUGAGUUGUCUUCUUACUGUUCUUGCCAUGUUUUAAACUAUUUUUUCGCCUAGUUCUUACUCUUGAAACGAGUGAAAUGUCCGCCAUUUUUUCAAGUUCACAACCAAAACAACUCAACCUCGUCCCCAGGUCUUCUCGGUUAUUUGUGCCUUAACCUGCGAAAACACUGCAUUUUUGACGUCAUUUCCUCGUUAAAGUCAAAAUUCUUCCAAAUUUGGUCAUCAGUAACUGGUUAUGGUGAAUUAAACGUGUGCUUUUAGCCAAUCAGAAUCAGGGAAAUAUUUUGAAGGAAUAAUAAUAUACCUUAAACUGAUUGGGUUUGAAUCGGCUGAAAAGCAAACUUUGUCACCUGAAUAAGCAUACAAUAUGUAAUUUUUGCAAAGGGAAAGCCUGCAAAAUAUCGAGGCUUUGUGAAUGGGACUCAAACCCAUGACCUCUGUGACACUGGUGCAGUGCUCUAACCAAGUAAGCUAAUAAGUGGACUGAGAGCUGAUCAUAAAAUCAUAUACCAGUAUUUAGAACUAACUGUUAUUAUUUGACCUUGGUUUUUUUAGGCCCAGAAAGCAAUUCUUGACCAGGAGCUUGACCUGAUAACACAUCAGAAUACUGGGGAAGACACAACAGAACUGAAGAAAAAAGUUGAAGAACUAAAGCAAGAGGUAGUUACUUGAGAUACAUUCAAUCUGUUUAGCGCAUAAUUUCUAGUAUUUUGAUAGAUGUGAAAUAUUAUGUGCAAAUUCUUUAUUGUAACAUUUCUCACAUCUGUAUUAAAUGAAAUGAUGAAUAUAUGAUUGAAUUUCACAUGGUUCAAUGUUAAUUUUGUUGAUCCGCAAUGUUGCAGCUUUUGUUCAUCAACUUUUAAACAAUGUGUCAUGGUACAUGGUACAUGUACGUUGAAAUGGGCCAUUAAACAUGUUGAAUGCUGAUGAAUGAGAAUAGGAAAUAAAGAUGGACUUUAUUUUAGCAAUUACACCCCAACAAUGCUUGUAGUUGUUAAUCAAAGAAUGUUUUAACUUGUUAAACCCAGUGUCUUCGGCUUUUAGUAGUUCACAGCAGGAAAAUAUCUACAAUACUUGUCAAAAAUCUUGAAACACAUUGUGUGUUUCCCCUUCUCCAAUUUUGAUUUGGGUAUUACAGUCGUCUCAGUGACCCAAAAUAUGCGUGGCUCAACAUUGGGGAAGGGGAGGGUCACAUUUGGGUGAGAACAAAAGUGUGAAGAGUGAAUAAGAAAUUUUAGAGAAAAUUCAAGAGAAGCGGUGUCUGUUUCAUUGAUUUGUGAGGAGUAUUGUAGUUACUGACCAUGCACGCUUUUUAGGCAAAAUCUCUUGGCUUACUGGAUCCACCCACAAAGGGACGAGGGAGAGGAGUUGUAAGAGGACGUUGCAGAGGAACACCAGUGAGAAGCAGACCACUUCCAAGAACAACACGGGUGUGGACAAGAGACAGUGCUUCAUUAGACCAUCGACCGAGGCGGAUCAGUGUUGGAGAAAUAACAACUGAACAGAAGGAAGAUAUUACAGAGCACUUUAAAGUAAGUACUAUGAGGUUUUGUUAUCGCUACUUUUCAAAGCUGAAAUGAAUCUAUGUUGCUCAGGAGUAUAACCAAUUGUCAAUGGUGAAAGAAGGGCACAUCUCACUUGGUUGCUGACUAUUGAAGUAAUAAUGUCCAAAACGAAACACAGGUUUCAUCCAAUGUCAUCUCACCAAAAAUAUCAAUACCAAACUCAAGAUAGAGUGUUUCAUGUUAUAUUCAGACACUGAGAAGUGGUUUGAAAAAAGGGUUUUGCAAGACCCACUUUGAGGAUUCUGGAUAUUGGAUGAAACGCUGAGUGGAAUUUAAUACAAAAAUGUAUAGCUUGUCUCACAGACGAGAAGUUUUGAAGAAAUUCGACGCUUAAGUUCACGAAAUCAUAUGGGAGUUGCCACUGAUAUCCAAACUACUGUCAAAGUAGUGAUUUCCUUGGUUUGUUAUCAUGGAUUACUUUUUGAGAAUCAAGCUCAUCUGUGGCCUUUGAUUUACAUUUGAAUUUAUGAGAUUUGAUUUCUUCCUGUCCUAGUUCCCUUAUGUAUUGAGACUGAGAAUUCAUAAAGCUGCAGCCAAUGAAAGUUUGAUUUAUUAGAGUAAGGAAAAAUGCACAGGAAAAAAUAACCGAUUCCCAUUUUUGGAUAUUUUAGGGUAUUUAAAGAAUACCCAUAAAAAUCCCACAUUUGGCAAAGUGAGACAAGUCCAGAUCAUGGAAUUCCCAACCAAGUUCCCUGAUUGGGACUAAAAUGUCUCACUCUUCCAAAUUUGGGAUUUCUGUGGGUAUUCUUUAAGUACCCUAAAAUAUCCAAAAAUGGGAAUCUGUUAUUUUUUCCUGUGAUGGGGAAUUUACACAAAGCUAAAUGUAAUUUAGGUUAAGUUAAACACGGAACCAUGGUGGCCAGCAGUUUUUCCCCAGAGUUGGAUGCAGGGUGACCAGGUUUAAUGUUGUGGUGCAGUGCAAGGGGCCAAGAAGAAUGUUACAAUGGAGCUUUUGGAGUCACUAAGAAGUUAUGUUUGUACAUCUGUUUUCUUCCUGUAGGAAUUCGGUAUUGUUGACAAUGAAGAAUAUAUUGAUGAUAAGGAAACUCUCAACUUGACUUUUAGGACAAGAAAAGAAGCCGAAAUUGUAAGAAUAAUGGACAUUCUCCGUUUGCUCAAUGUUUAUUUCUAAUAUCUAUUUGUCUUACUUCCCACCCAAUUCUUCCCUCCCUUCUUUGUAGGGGUUUGCUUUGGAUUUCUGGGUGAUAGCAGUGCAGUGGGGUACAUUGCAUUGAGAAAUCCAUGUUUUUAUUUUUGUUGUUGUUGAAUUGUAGACUGUGAAUAGUGUCCAUUUUUCUCCAAACGCAAGGCUGUGCUGUAGCUAACCCUGGUGACCCCUGGUGCCUAACUUUGCACCUGGGCCACUAGAAAAUCUUUAGUUUUUUCAUACAAAUCAUAUGCUGGCACCCCGGAGUUUACAGGUUUAGAGCACUGGGCUCCCUUCAAUUUUCCUUAGAGCACUGCCUUGAAACUCAGUUGAGUGAUAACGUGUGAGUGCAGGUGUGCAGCUACUCCCCUGUCUUAGCAUUCAGUCACACACAAGGCCAUUUUUUAUCUCCCCUAUUUACUGGACAGAUUAAGAAGACAGAGAUUUCUUGUGGUCUUGUUGAAUUGGGAAAUCCAUGAAACGAUUUGAAAGCGGGCCUUUUGCUAUUGACUAUACCCUACGAUAUAAAAUUUAGUUUUGAAGAUUUGCAGUUAUUCAUAGAUAUUGUUUUAUACUGUCACUGGCUUUUCAAUCAGAGCUUCAUACAUGAAUUGUAUCAUUUUUAGGCCUUCAAUAAAGGCAAGACAUUCAAAGGCAGAGCCUUGAAGGUGUCUUGGUAUCGACCUCCAUUGACGCCUACAUCACCUGCAACAGCAGUACCAACUACACCUACGACUCCUACAGUGCUCAAGAAAGUAGAGGAAGAGUUAGGACUGGAUAUUGAUGCUGAACUGGUAAGAACUCUAUGAAAUAGAAACGUUUUCUGUAUAUGUUGUGGUGUCCUAAACAGAGUUCUAAAGUGAUAACGUUAUAAAAAUUAAAUUUGUGAAAUUAUGGGAUUUGUCAGGAUAGCCUGAAAGAACAACAUCCAAGAGGCCUACUUGCCAAAAACUGGCAUUGGGGGGCAAAUUGGCGCUGAGAUAUUAGCCCAGUUAUACUCUGAUGACUCCAAGCAAAUUCUUCUAAAUUUGACUUGGGUCAUAACGUUAUGACACGAGUCAAAUUUAUCUAUUUGUAAAGGCCAUAUCAAUGCGCAUGCCCACUGAAUAUCCCAUCUUUUACUAAUAUGAAUAGAGAGUAAGGCUUUCUUGUCAGGGAGUCUUUCACAACCCUUUUGCUUUGCUUUUAGACAACGGUUUGUUUCGGAACAAUUCAUUUUCUUUUUGUUUUUUUUUAGGGAAAACAUGAAUUUGAUGCGGAUGCAGACGAAGCUUUGCUUCUUGGAGAAGAUUUUGAUGAAGAGGAUGAAGAAGAAGAUGAACGAUCGUGGAAAAGAUAG